AUGAUGCCGCAGCCGCAGCCCGGGGUCGCCCCGCUGCCGCACCCGCAGCAGGCGCCGACCGGCGCGCCGCCGCAGUGGGGCACCAUCCCGCCGCCCAUGCCGCCGCAGCAGCACUACGCGCCGCCGCCCCCACAGCAGCACCACGCGCCUCCCCCGCCGCAGAUGUGGGGCCAGGUGCCCCCGCCCCAGCAGGCCGCCCCGUACGGCCAGGCCCCGCCGCCGCCCCAGCAUGCCGCCUACUACGGCGCGCCGGCGGCACCCGCGCAGGCCCCUGCGGGCCCCAACGAGGUCAGGACGCUCUGGAUCGGGGACCUACAGUACUGGAUGGACGAGAACUACGUCUACGGGUGCUUCGCGCACACCGGCGAGGUACAAUCUGUGAAGUUGAUUCGUGACAAGCAAACUGGACAACUUCAGGGUUACGGUUUUGUUGAAUUCACAACCCGUGCUGGUGCUGAAAGAGUUCUUCAAACAUACAAUGGGGCAACAAUGCCAAAUGUUGAGAUGCCAUACAGAUUGAAUUGGGCCUCUGCUGGUGAAAAACGUGAUGAUGGCCCUGAUUACACAAUAUUUGUUGGUGAUUUGGCUGCUGAUGUUACAGACUACAUAUUACAAGAGACAUUUAGGGUACAUUACCCGUCUGUGAAGGGUGCAAAGGUUGUCACAGAUAAACUGACUAUGCGCUCGAAGGGCUAUGGCUUUGUGAAAUUCAGUGAUCCUACCGAGCAAACUCGUGCGAUGACUGAAAUGAACGGGAUGGUAUGUUCCUCAAGGCCCAUGCGUAUUGGUCCAGCUGCAAAUAAGCAGAAAGUAUCUGGAGCUCAAGAGAAAGUACCAAGUGCUCAAGGAGUUCAGUCUGACAGUGAUCCUAGCAAUACCACUAUAUUUGUCGGUGGACUUGACCCAAAUGUCACUGAAGAUAUGUUAAAACAAGUUUUCGCUCCUUAUGGUGAAGUGGUCCAUGUUAAGAUCCCUGUUGGCAAAAGAUGUGGUUUUGUUCAAUAUGCUAGCAGGUCCUCUUCUGAGGAGGCAUUGCUGAUGCUGCAAGGUACUGUGAUUGGAGGGCAGAAUGUGAGGCUUUCAUGGGGUCGGAGCCCUUCAAACAAACAAGUUCAGACUCCUCAAGACUCGAAUCAGUGGGGUGGUGCUACUGCUAAUGCUGGCUACUAUGGCUAUGGACAAGGUUAUGAGGCGUAUGGAUAUGCUGCUCAACCUCAGGACCCAAAUAUGUAUGGGUAUGGAGCAUAUGCUGGGUAUCCAAAUUAUCCACAGCAACAAGCAGCACAGCAGCCACAGCAGCAACAGUGAGACCAACUAGUCCCAUCAAACCAUUUGGUUAUCAUUACUGAUCAGAGCCGAUGGGUGAAAUGCUGUUGAAGCUAUCAAGCUUCCGAUGUAUGUCUGGAUGAUGGUUAUAGAGACCAGAUCUGCAGUUCUCCAGAUUUUGACUGACUUAUGUUUCGGUUUCCAUUAUGCAAUAUGUUUGGUGACCCUGCCUUAUGAGCCUUGGUUCUAUUAUUUCUGAAGUACCUGUAGCAAAAAUAUGCGACCUUGACUUUGUUAUGUUAUCUUGUAUCGUAUCCUUUCUAUUGGCUAUUUACUUAUUUUGUUGGACGACAUAUACUUUGCAAUGCAUAUAUGAGGCUUGGUGUUCUGGUGCUAAA